UCUACUCCUCUUCCUCCUUGCCUGUCCCCUGCACCCCAUUGCCGUCCCUGCGGUCCUUCACAUCGAUAAAACAUGGCCAACACGAUAGCCCGCACUGAGGAGCGCCAGAACGCUGGGUGAGUUUUGCGGCCUCCCUCUCUGACAUCACACCCCUCCUCCCCGUCCCUCUGGUGUCCGCCCGCCCAGACAUGGGGGUUCACCACUCUCGCCAUUCCCUGCCGGUCGCUCCCACAAGACACCUGCAAGCCCCUCCGUUUCCCUGUCUUCAAUUCGCAUCCAGUACUUCGCUUGAAGUAUUGACUGCCGGGUUCCUGGCCGACUCCCUCUUGAAACCGACUACCCCUCCUUCCCGUGACUCGAUCGCGGGCCCCUCCUCUAACCUCGAAUCCAUACCAUACAUCCCUCCCACCGAUCUGUCGACUGUACGGCUAACAUGGACAUGGCGCGUAGCACCAUGGAGCUCAAAGAUGACACCGUCAUCAUAGUACUAGGCGCCUCUGGCGAUCUUGCGAAGAAGAAGACCUUCCCGGCUCUCUUCGGCCUUUACCGCAACAAGUUCCUGCCCAAGGGCAUCAAGAUCGUCGGAUAUGCCCGGACAAACAUGGACCACGAGGAAUAUCUGAAGCGUGUGCGCUCAUACAUCAAGACCCCCACCAAGGAAAUCGAAGAGCAACUGGACAGCUUCUGCCAGUUCUGCACCUACAUCUCCGGUCAAUAUGACAAGGAUGACUCGUUCAUCAACCUCAACAAGCACCUCGAGGAGAUCGAGAAGGGCCAGAAGGAACAGAACAGAAUUUACUACAUGGCGCUGCCCCCCAGUGUCUUCACCACCGUCUCCGACCAACUCAAGCGUAACUGCUACCCCAAGAACGGCAUUGCUCGCAUCAUCGUCGAGAAGCCUUUCGGUAAGGACCUCCAGAGCUCGCGCGACCUCCAGAAGGCCCUCGAGCCCAACUGGAAGGAGGAUGAGAUCUUCCGUAUCGACCACUACCUGGGUAAGGAGAUGGUCAAGAACAUCCUCAUCAUGCGCUUCGGAAACGAGUUCUUCAACGCCACCUGGAACCGCCACCACAUCGACAACGUUCAGAUCACAUUCAAGGAGCCCUUCGGUACCGAGGGACGCGGUGGCUACUUCGACGAAUUCGGCAUCAUCCGUGAUGUCAUGCAGAACCACUUGCUGCAGGUGUUGACGCUGCUCGCUAUGGAGCGCCCCAUUUCCUUCUCUGCUGAGGACAUUCGUGACGAGAAGGUCCGUGUCCUGCGUGCGAUGGACGCCAUCGAGCCCAAGAACGUCAUUAUCGGCCAGUACGGAAAGUCCCUGGAUGGCAGCAAGCCCGCCUACAAGGAGGAUGAGACUGUCCCCCAGGACUCCCGCUGCCCAACCUUCUGCGCCAUGGCCGCUUACAUCAAGAACGAGCGGUGGGACGGCGUUCCCUUCAUCCUGAAGGCCGGUAAAGCUUUGAACGAGCAGAAGACCGAGAUCCGCAUCCAGUUCCGUGACGUCACCUCUGGCAUCUUCAAGGACAUCCCCCGCAACGAGCUUGUCAUCCGUGUCCAGCCCAACGAGUCCGUCUACAUCAAGAUGAACUCCAAGCUGCCCGGUCUGUCCAUGCAGACCGUUGUGACCGAGCUCGACCUCACCUACCGCCGCCGCUUCUCCGACCUCAAGAUCCCCGAGGCCUACGAGUCCCUGAUCCUGGACGCUCUGAAGGGCGACCACUCCAACUUUGUCCGUGAUGACGAGUUGGACGCCAGCUGGAGGAUCUUCACUCCUCUUCUGCACUACCUUGACGACAACAAGGAGAUCAUCCCCAUGGAAUACCCCUAUGGCUCCCGCGGACCCGCCGUCCUUGACGACUUCACGGCGUCUUUCGGGUACAAGUUCAGCGAUGCUGCUGGCUACCAGUGGCCCUUGACCUCUACCCCCAACCGGCUGUAGAUGGAAAAGGAGGGUAUUUCGAGAUAAAGAAGCGCCAUGACGCGUGAAAAAAAAAAACGCAGGAAAACGGCGAAAAAAUGUUAAUGUGACUGGUUUCCGUUCGAGGAUCACGGGAUGAUCGGGGAUCUGGGAUGAUAUGACAGAAAUGAAGCACUCGGUACGAGUAUCUACGGAUCGGCCGGGAAAUGACUGGAGUUAUCUAUUGGCAACCCCUUUAGAAACGAAUGCAGAGAACGUUACGAACCACGAGUGGUGGGAUGGGCGCAGUCGCGUGACCGUCCGUAGAGCAUAGGUACAUUCGGU